GAAGUCGCUCAUAGACACUCGUCUAUAAAGCAACGCUCGCGUCCCACUUUCAAUGAAUUUUCAAACGCCUUCGCUCCGGGCUUGUUCUAGCUUCAACAUGGUCCCGCAUUUCUCGGUCGUUUUUCUCCUCAGCUUCUUCGCCGGGAUUCAGUGCCGGUCCAUCGUUUCGUCCAAUCUCAACGAAGCUACCUCAAAUCACUCGAAAAAUUUGACGAGCUUCCGCGACGAUAACAACGACGAAAUUCGACGCUUCUUCACCGCUCAGGGCAUUCCUCUCGACAAAAUACUCGCCGAAUUAAACUCGAAAAACAACGAGGUCAAGGACUACGAAGAAAAAACGGCCCAGUGGCUGAGGCUUUUGAGGCAAAUGCUGCAAUCGCUUUCGAGUGGAAAAAAUUUGACGAAAUCGCGAUUAAUCGACAUGAGAUUCAACGACGUUGAGGAGGUUCCGCGAGUGAUGAUCGCCGCUGACAAGAAAAAAGUUCCCUUCGCUGGCUACAAUUGGCUCGACGAUCUUUUCGAGUUUUUGGACGAGCAGGAGAUCGACGGGCAGAGCAGCGAGGAGAAUCGGAGUCACGUCAAAUCUCGUUACGAAAAUUCGUCGAAUUUCGUUUCACUGAAAACUUCCGAAGCCACGAAAAAAGACGCCGAUCGCGCCAGUCGUAAAGAGUUUCAGGAGCUCGAUAAAAUGCUCGUUGACGUGCAACAUCAAAUCGAAAGAGUUCGAAAGAAUUUUCAACAAUUCUGCAGCAAACAUCACUCGAUUUUCCCGACAGAGUGGCCCCUUCAAAUCGAUGGGGAUGGAAGCUCCAACGAAAUCCUUCCAAACAACCAAUAAAGAGCACCGAAAAAAUAGCAAAAAGCAGCGACUCAUUUUAGCGAAAAUAAUUAAUUUUUUCUACGCGCUUGACCACCGUCGAUUUUCUGUAAUGUUCAAAUUUUCAUGAGGCAAUAAACGUUUGAA